AUGAUUUACAGAAUUACUGAAAUCAAAAUAUUUGAUAUACUAUUAUAUUAAAAACAAUAAUAAAAAAAUAUUAAUAAUAAUCCUAAAGGCUACUUAACAAUAUGUCCUACCCCUAUCGGUAACUUGAAUGAUUUUACAUUAAAUGCCUAUGAUAAUUUAUUAAAAGCUGAUAUAAUAGCUUGUGAAGAUACGCGAAACACCGGAUAACUAUUAACAUUAAUGAAAUAAAAGAAACUAAAGGAAGAACUUGAAAAUAAGUUUAACGUUUAAAAUUUAUAUGAAUUAAAAGAUGAAUGUGGUGAAUAAAAAGAUGAAUUUUAUGAUUAAGAAAAUGAAUUAUUAGGUGCUGAUGAAAUAAAUAAAGACCCAAAAACAAGAAAAAGUCGAGAAGAAAGAAUAGCAGAAAAAAUAUAAGAAUUAAGAAAAAAAGGAAUGAAAAUUUUACUUGAAAAUGAUACUUUAGGAAAUUUCGGGAAAAUAGAAAAAGAUGAAUUUGAACAAAAUUUCUUUUAAGACCCUGUUUUGGGUUUAGAAGAUGAAUAUAUUUAAUAUUUAAAAACUAUAAUUUUAAUAUCUAAAAAAAGAAAAGGAAGAGGUAUUUUAAUUUCAUAUCAUAAAUAUAAUGAAGAUGCAAGAUUAGAAAAAUUAAUUAAAUUAAUCAAAUAUGGAUUUCAUAUUGUACUUGUUUCAGAUGCUGGUACUCCAACUAUAUCAGAUCCUGGUUAUAAAAUUGUAGAUAAAUGUAUUAAAAAUUAUGCUUUAGUAGAAGCUUUACCAGGACCUAAUAGUGCUAUUUUAGCUUUAAGUAAAAGUGGUUUUCCGUCUUUUAAAUAUAGUUUUGAAGGAUAUUUACCUAAAGGUCAAUAAGAGAGAGAAAUUAGAUUAAUGAAAAUAAAAGAUAAUCAGAGAAGUUCUAUUAUUUUUGAAAAUGUUAAUAGAUUGUUGAAAACUUUACUUUCUAUAGAAAAACAUUUUGGAUCAAAAUAAUAAAUUUUUAUAUGUUUUGAGAUGACAAAAAUGUUUGAGAAAAAUUAUAGAGGAGAAAUAAGAGAAAUAUAUGAAAAACUUCAAGAUCCCGAAUAUACAAAAGCAUCUUAUUUAAAAGGAGAAAUUACCUUAAUUAUUGCUCCUUUUAAUAAAGAAUAUAAUUCUGAUUUAGAUGAAAAAAAUAUACAAUAAGAUUAAAAUUUAGAAAGCUAAGAAAAAAAUAUCGAUUUAGAACCGAAAGUUGUGGCAGCAAUUUUAAAUGAACAUAUAGAUUGCACUGAUAAAUAAUUAUCAGAAUUAUUAUAGGGAAUUUUCAAAAUUUCAAAAAGCAGAGCAGUUUCUUUGACGGAUACAACGAAACAUUUAUUAAAAAAAUAAAGGGGAUGGGAUGAUUUUGUAGGAUUUUACAAUUAAAGUGUCAAAUAUUAGGAAAAGGCAAUUAGAUAGGAAAAGGAAAAAUUGGAAAAAAGCUUAUAGUUUAAAAAAUAAAUUGAAGAGUAUUAAUCGUAAAAUUAUAAAAAAUAUAAUUGA